UUGCGGAUUGCAACGAUACCGGGUUUUAAGCCAUGCAAGUAUCUAUUCUACGGCCACUAGGCAACUUACCAACAACCAAGGGAUCGUAAGCCGCGGAACAAUACUGUUACAUCUUAGUAGCCGGCUACCCCACAAUUGCAAGAAUAUCAGGCAGCCUACCAUGCCGUAUUUAUCGUAAUAUUUGUAGUAUACAUCAACUUAAAAUAUUGAAACUAAAAGAAGCGAAAAGGAAUGCCUCUGCAGUCCGACCUCAACUUGUCAAGGGACAAGUUUCUUGGUGAUGCGAUCACCAAAGAGACAACGGCGCUCAAUGAGCAGCUUAUCGACACAAUGUCUGGGCUUCCCAGGUGGUACGAGGUCGGCGCAGAGAAAUACCGCCAAAUGAGGUGGAACAACGAGACUGCCUUGCCGCGGCCUCCAAGCUUGGAAAACGGGGAGGAUAGAGCGAUUCCGUCGCGCGAGCGCGGUCGUACAAUACCAGCUCGCGUGUUCAGGCCUGAGAACCGAACACCCAGGGGGACGUUUUUGCACAUACACGGCGGGGGUUGGGUUCUGCAAAGCGAGAAAUACCAAGACGAGUAUCUUGACUUCUUAGCACGGAAAGGGAACCUGGCCGUUGUGAGUGUGGGAUAUCGACUUGCGCCGGAACAUCCGUUUCCAAGUGGUCCCGAAGACUGCUAUGACGCCGCGGACUACGUUCUCGAGAAUGCAGAGAAGGAGUUUGGGGCCCCGCUUUUGUUCAUCGGCGGCGAGUCUGCAGGUGGUCAUCUCUCCGUCCUGACGCUGCUGCAUCUCCACAACAAGCACACGAUCUGGACUCUUCCGCCGAACGGCGGCUUGGUCCUGCACUUCGGCUGCUACGACGCGUCCAAUUUUUUGCCAGCAGCUCAUCACUUCACAAAGCCCUUGAUUAUCGACUGGGAUCUGUUGAUAUCCUUCCAGAAGGCCUUCUUGCCCAACACGACGGCCGAGGAACGAGCUCACUGGUCGAUAUCACCACUUUAUGCUGACUGGUUGAAAGUCGCCGCUGAGAUGAGGGCACGAGGAGCCCCUGGGCUGCCAAGGGCUCUCUUCACAGUUGGGACAGAAGAUCCACUGCUAGAUGAUAGUGUGUUUAUGGCGGCGAAGUGGCAGAUUGCCGGAGGCGAGGGUAUUCUCAAAGUGUACCCUGGCGCACCUCAUGGAUUCAUCAGCUUUGCUGAGAAAGGCGUUCCCGUCGCCAUCGAGUGCUUAAGGGAUACCGAAGCCUUUCUAGUCUCGGACUAAUUCAUGUACAGCAGGAUAGGCUGGCACCUAGUGAUGCUAUUGGGAAAUCUUUCGAGAUGGUUCACUCACUGCUAGCCUUCUUAGCCUAUCCAACAGAUUUUAUAUUAGUUAGGGUGGACUUCGAGGUCUCUUAUCAGAACCAAUAUCACUGAGGUUUUGUUGAUAAAGAGUCGAACGUUGUGAAUCAUGAGGAAGCUCGGCUAGGACAUCAGUAAUACUCCGUGCCUUGUAGAGAAGCGCAAGAAUGUACAUCUUCAGAGCUGGGACACAACCCGUGCGCAACAAGCCCAUUCAGCCAUGCAUA